CGUGGGCGGGGCCAGGCGAGAUUUGGGAAGGGGGGCUGGGCUAGGAAGCAAUGGAGGCCGAGCCAGCCCCGGACUUCGCCAUGCUGCGAGAGCUGCUAGCGCCGCCCUGCCUGAACCCCGAGCCGCCCCCGGAACCCCCGAUCCGGCAGGCACCAAGGACCCCAGCAUGCCUCAGACCCAGUGGCAGGUCCUUCUGGCCUGCACACCAAGACUCGGUCACCGCCCUGCGCUUCCUCCAAGAGACAGCAGAGGAGCUGGCCCAGACCCCCUGGGACACCCAGGCCCUGGGGCCCUACUGGGAGCCGAAGGCCCUGGAGACCCUGGGACCCCUACCUCAGGCCAAGGAUGACAAGAACAUGCUGACCCCAGUCAGCCAGCAGAGCCCCAACCUGGGGCCCCCACGGGCUCCCCUGACUUCUCCAGCCCAGCCACAGAGGAGGCCCCGGAAGCAGUCAAACCCCCAGCGGGGUGCCGAAAAAGUGGACCCUCUCUUUGAGGGGGUGACCCUGAAGUUUCAGAUAAAGCCGGAUUCCAGCCUACAGAUUAUACCCAGUUACAGCCUGGCCUGCAGCAGCCGCUCUCCAGGGCCUCCCACUCCAGGCCCUGCCAGAGGCCCAGAGGCCAACCCGGGAGGCAGCGAGGCCCUGGCACCCCGCCGCUGUGCUUCCUGUAGGACCGAGAGGACCCCUUUAUGGAGAGAUGCUGAGGAUGGUACCCCUCUCUGCAACGCUUGUGGCAUCAGGUACAAGAAAUAUGGCACCCGGUGUUCUAGCUGCUGGCUGGUGCCCAGGAAAAAUGUGCAGCCCAAGAAGCUAUGUGGCAGAUGUGGGGUGUCCCUGGGCCCCCACCCAGCCUCAGCUCAGGAAGGGUAAGCCCUUCCUCACCCAGCCAAGCCUGGCCUGCCUCAGUUUCUCCAGGGGGAAAAUGGGCUGAAUUCCUCCUAGGGGGAAGAGCCUGAGUCUUGAGGGGUCCAGCCUACCUCCUCUCCACGCCCUCCCCAUCCAGAGACCUCAGAUGGAAGACCCAGGCCUCAAGGCCCCAGAGCUCCUGGUUGGGGGGUCACUAGUCCCCUCUUUGGCUCCUGCUUCAAUCAGGCUUGGCUGAGCACCCCGCUCAGGAAGCGCUGUCAGCAAUGACACUCAUAUUGUUAAUAGAAGUGACAAUAAAGAAUAGAUCUGUUCA